CUGUUUCUUUUAGUUCGCGAUACACAUCCGGUACGUGUUGCGGUGUCAAACUCCCGUAUUUAUUACUUAAAAUAUGUUAAAUUAAUUAAACCGGUAGAAUAAUAAUAGUCCCAGAAAUGGCAGACACACCUGCUGAACCAAAAUCUAAGACGAAAGCAACCAAAAAGCCAAAGGAGAAGCCAGUGGAACCUCCUCCACUAAAGAAAAGGCCAUUCAAAAGGCACGGACGUCUGUAUGCUAAAGCCAUUUUCACAGGCUACAAACGCGGACUACGUAAUCAACAUGAACACACAGCAUUACUUAAGGUUGAUGGAGCGAAAACCAUACGCGACUCAGACUUUUAUGUAGGAAAACGAUGUGUUUAUGUAUAUAAGGCAAAAAAUAAGACACCUGUUCCUGGCAAGAAAGGCAGGAAAACAAAAGUUAGAGCUAUUUGGGGUAAAGUAACUCGACCCCAUGGUACUAGUGGGUCAGUACGUGCAAAGUUUAAGAGAAAUCUACCAGCUAAAGCUAUGGGUCAUCGUAUCAGGAUUAUGCUGUAUCCCAGUCGGAUAUAAAUAUUUCUUGUAUAAAAUAAACAAAUAAAUACCAUUUUGGUACUAAA